CCAAUUUCCAGUCGAUGCGGCAGUAAAUUUCUUUUUCAGAGUUAUUGGUUUGUUUCUGAUAAAAAUUGUUCAAGGGAGUUGGAGACAACCAUAAUUCAAGGAUUUCUAUUUUUGGUCUAAGGGGUCAAUCCCUGUUUAACUUAUUCCUAUUUUUUCCUGUGAAAUCGUUAAAAGUUUAAAAACUUUCAAAAUGACGAUCAGCAAAAACAACAAGAUGAUGCAGCACAUCAAUUACAGGAUUCGGGUGAACCUGCAAGAUUCUCGGACCUUCAUUGGGACAUUUAAAGCAUUUGAUAAGCAUAUGAACUUAAUUCUUGGAGACUGUGAAGAAUUUAGAAAAAUUAGAGCCAAAAAAGGAGUCACUGGCGAGCGAGAAGAAAAGCGAACACUUGGGUUUGUUCUUCUUCGUGGAGAAGGCAUAGUCUCGAUUACUGUUGAAGGUCCUCCCCCACCUGAUGAGGGUUUGCCAAGAGUUCCAAUUCCCGGAGCUGUUCCGGGACCCGGAUUGGGUCGUGCAGCUGGUCGAGGUAUGCCUGUCCCCGCCGGAGCGGUCCCACCAGGUCUCCAGGGUCCAGUUCGUGGCGUUGGUGGACCAUCUCAACAAAUGAUGGCUCCGACCAGAGGAGCUGCUCCUUCUGUAACGGCUCCCCCGCAAAUGCGGCCUGGAGGUCCCCCUGGAAUGCCUCCACGACCUGGUAUGCCACCUGGCAUGCCCCCUGGAAUGCCUCCAGUUCCUCCUGGUAUGAUGGGUCGCGGAGUUCCACCACCAGGAAUGCCGCCAAACAUGCGGGGCCCCCCACCCGGCUUGAUGCGUGGAGUUCCACCCCCACCCGGAAGACCUCCAUUCUAAGAAAAGCGUAUAUAUUGCUGGAUUUUGUAUCAUCUUCAAUUUACAUUCACCACGUACAUCCUCCAAACAAAUGUAUUAUUGAAUAAAUGAAUUGAACUGUUUCUUAUCUUUCUUUAUGUGUACGAAGAGUUUUGUUAUAAAGAGAAAUAAAAUUUUGUUUUACUCCAA